AUCAAUAUUGUAGCAUUUUUUCCAACACUCAUGGUUUUAUCUAUGGCUCAUUCUUCACUUGCCCAAAAUUUUCCCAAGGAUAUCGUUUUAGCCCACAACAAUGCCCGUGCACAAGUUGAUGUCCCACUCGUACCACUAAAAUGGAACAAGACACUUGAUGCCUAUGCCUAUCAGUAUGCAUCCACCAGAUUAGCUGAUUGUACUUUGGUGCAUUCAUAUUCACCCUAUGGUGAAAAUCUUGCCAUGGGCUACGACAUCUUUUCGGCCGUGGAGGCCAUUAACUUGUGGGUAGGAGAGAAACAUUAUGACUAUGCCUCCAAAUCUUGUAAACAAGAUAUGUGCAGGCAUUAUACUCAAGUGAUAUGGAAAAACACUCAUGAAGUUGAAUGUGGAAGAUUGAAAUGUGAUAAUGGUGAAGCGUGGUUUGUGUCAUGCAACUAUUAUCCCCUUGGAAAUUACAUCGGCGGGAAGCCUUAUUGA